UAACGUUAGCUUAAGUGAGUGCACUCACACAAUAAAAAAACUCCCCCACCGACAUCAAAUCCAUAGGGCCGGCCAUGGCCCUAAAUUCCGCCGGCGAAAUACCCGCCGCCGCCGCCAUCGUCCACGCCUUCCUCGCAACCCUCCCAAUCUCCAUCAUCCUCGUACUAAGGCUGAAGAAGAAAAAACGCGCCCCCGCCGCCUCCGAGCUCCCGCCGCUCCCUCCAAGCCCGCCAUCGUGGCCGGUGAUCGGCAACCUCCCGGAGGUAAUGUUCCACACCAAGCCUUUUUUCCGGUGGGUCCACGACGUGAUGAAAGAAAUGAAAACCGACAUCUGCCUCAUCCGACUCCCCGGCGGCGCCACCAUAGUCCCCGUCCUCGAUCCCGCCAUCGCCAGGGAGAUGCUGAGGAAGCACGACGUCAGCUUCGCCGACCGCCCCACUUCCUUGGGAAGCCACGUCAUCAGCGGCGGCUACGUGACAACAGUGCUGGGCCCACACAACGACCAGUGGCGCAAAAUGCGGAAGGUGAUGACCUCCGAGAUCGUCUCCCCGGCCCGGCACAGGUGGCUCCACGACAAGCGCGCCGAGGAGGCCGACAACCUCGUCUUCUACGUCCACAGCCAUUGCAUGGCCGGGAAGAGCGUCGACCUCAGGGUCGCCACGCAGCAUUACUGCGGCAACGUCAUGAGGAAGAUGCUCUUUAGCCGCAGAUUCUUUGGAAAUCCCACCUCCGACGGCGGGCCUGGGCCGACGGAAGUGGAGCACUUGGAGGCGGUGUUCACGGCGUUGAAAAACUUGUACUGGUCGUCCAUAUCGGAUUACUUCCCGGGGCUGAGGGGAUGGAACUUUGACGGAAAGGAGAAGAUCGUCAAGGAAGCGGAUAAAGCCAUCAAAGCUCCCCAAAACCCUAUUAUCGACGAGAGGAUUCGGCAGUGGAGAAGCGGGGAGAGGAAGGAGAUCGAUGACCUCAUUGACGUCUUCGUCACUCUCAAGGAUGACGACGGGAAACCCUUGCUUACUCCCCAAGAAACCAAGUGCCAGGCUGCGGAAAUAAUGAUGGCGGUGAUAGACAACCCAUCCAAUGCGGUGGAGUGGACGAUGGCCGAGCUGAUCAACCAACCGGAUCUGAUGAGAAAGGCUACGGGUGAAAUCGAUCGAGUUGUUGGGAAAGAUUCGCCGCGACUCGUCCAGGAAUCGGAUAUAGAAAAACUGAAUUACGUGAAGGCGUGCAUCAGGGAAGCGUUUCGGCUGCACCCGGUGUUUCCGUUUAACGUCCCCCAUGUGUCCACCCACGAUACCGUCGUGGCUGGCUACCUCAUACCGAAGGGCAGUCACGCCCUGCUAAGCCGGUAUGGCCUGGGUCGAAACCCGAAGGUGUGGACCGACCCGCUCAGAUUCGACCCUGAGCGUCACAUGGGUGGUGAUGAUGGAGAGGUGGUUCUCGCUGAGCACGACCUUAAGUUUAUAUCGUUUAGCACUGGGAGGCGUGGUUGUGUGGGGACGGUGCUCGGGACCUGCAUGGCCACCAUGCUGCUAGCCAGACUUCUACAGUGCUUCACGUGGACUACUCCGUCGGGGGGCGUUGAUCUUGCUGAAGCUGAGAACGAGCUCUCCCUCGCCAUGCCCCUCGUAGCGUUUCCUGAGCCGCGUUUGGCUCCCCACCUAUACCGUGAAACAAAUUAAGAACGAGUCUAAUCAUCAAUUACAAUUUUUUCCUUCUUCGUUGAAUCAGUUAUCAAUUUUUAUUUCUUUUUAGUUUAUUGCAUUUUUAUUAAGUUUCAUUUGUAACACCCAGACUUUCGAGUUACCUACUGCUUGAGAGCUUGAAUGAGAGAAUUGAAUCCCAAGCUGGCUACUGACACUCA